AUGGCGGAUGAUAUUUUAAGCACUUUUUCAGACGAAGUUCUGUGUCUCAUUCUCUCUUUUCUCCAAACCAAACAAGUAGUUGCCACCAGCAUUCUCUCCAAAAGGUGGAAGCAUCUUUGGCGUUCAGUUCCCGUUUUGGACUUCACCAACACGAUAUUAACAGACCACAAGGAGAAUUUCUGCGUUACCGAUUUCAUCUACUACGUCUUGCUCUCCGUAACUCCCAUUAAGGGUUUCAAAAUCUCUCUUAUGUACGAUUAUACUCAAGAUAUCGAUCUUGGCAUUCCCAGUUUUUACAAAUGGAUCAACUUUUUGGUGCAACAAGGUGUUGAGCAUCUUGAUCUCUUUCUAAUGCUAAUGCCCGGUGUGCCUGAUUUGCCUAAUACCAUUCUUACAUGCGAAACCCUUGUUUCUCUUUCUCUUCGCUUUUUCUGUUUAAACUUUACUUUUCCUUCCGUUAAACUUCCCUCACUCAAAACCCUUUCCUUAGAACUUAUAUUUUCCCAAAAAGAUCAAAACUUUAUGUUGCUUUUAGCUGGAUGUCCCAUUCUUGAGGAGUUAUUCAUAUCUAAAAUAUGGGGUUUCCAUUCUGAGGAUUCUCUAAGCACUAACAAAUGGAAAAGCUUUACCUUAAAGACCUUGACCCGAGCAAGCGUUGAUUCCACUUACUUUCACUUUCCAUUCGAACCACUUCUUCAUGUUCACUCUCUUUCCAUUUCAACUGCUGAGAUGGUUUCCUAUAAUCAUGUCCUUCCUACCUUUAAUAAUUUGACCUCCCUGGACCUUAACUCGUUCAACUACCGUUGGCGUUUCUUGAUUGAAGUUCUCAAACACUGUCCCAAGCUUCAAACACUUAAACUUAAUGAGGCGGCAUCAAAUACUGAUAUAUGGGCCAAAAAUGAGGAAACAUGGACUAGAAAAGAUGACAAAGAAAAUUGGGUGGACCCUAAAUUUGUUCCGCAGUGUCUUUCAUUACACCUUAAAGCUUGUCAUCUUUUGAGUUUCUUAGGUUUACAAGGUGAGCUUUUGCUAGCAAAGUAUAUUUUGAAGAAUGCUGCAGUGUUACAAACCAUGAAAAUCUGGAACGGUGGACACCCUGGAAUAGAAGGACUAUUACGAUCAUGCUCAAGGGCUUCAUCAACGUGUAAACUAACCGUUUAUCGUGUUUCAUUUGAUGGUGCAAAUGAGCUCAAUUUGGCUUUGGAUGCUAGCGGAUCAUCUGGUGGUCGCAAUGAUUGA